ACACCCCCCUCUACCCCUCCACCCCUGAACGGUCUUGCUCCACGUGCGGGGUUUGGAGGGCGGCGGGCACGAGGUCGCUGCUGUCACCCACCCACCGCCCGUCCGCCCGCCCCGGGCCCCCGGGCCCCAUGGCCAGCCUGUGCCGCUCCUUGCGGGCCCUCCUCGCGCGGCCCCACGCGGCCCGCACACGCGGCCCGGAGCUGUGCACAGCAGCGACGCCGCACGGGCACCACCACCACCACGACCACGACCACGCGCGGCCUGGUGUCUCUGCCCGAGACGGUGCGGGGAAGCCGGCACGGCGGCUAGGCGAGGGUCCUUCCCUGCGGGACUUUGUACAGGCGUCCGUAGAGGGCGGUGUGGCAGACGAGGUUGACGAGGAGGAGGAUGAAGACCUCACGCCGCCUUACCUGCGACCCGACGCGCUGUGGGGACACGGUCGAAAGGUUUACUUCGAGACGUACGGAUGCCAGAUGAACACGAGCGACACUGAGAUCGCGUGGGCCAUCCUGCAGAAGCAAGGCUACUUCCGAACAGACAACCUGACAGAGGCGGAUGUCAUCUUGGCAGUAACGUGUGCCAUCAGGGAGAAGGCGGAGCAGACGGUGUGGCGCCGGGUGGAGCGAUUCCGCCACCUCAAGCACGAGCGGCAGAAGCGUGGAGGGGCGGCCCUGCAGAUCGGCAUUCUGGGCUGCAUGGCGGAGCGGCUGAAGCGCGACAUCGUGGAUCGCGAGCGUGCGGUUGACAUCGUGGCCGGGCCCGAUGCCUACCGCGGCCUGCCUCACCUGCUGGCACGCGCCCGCUCCCACCGGGAGGCCAUCGACGUGGCGCUGUCGGUCGACGAGACGUACGCCGACGUCGUACCCCUCCGCGCCGACCCCAGCGCGCCUUCCGCCUUCGUCUCGGUGAUGCGUGGCUGUAACAACAUGUGCACCUACUGCAUCGUCCCGUUCACCCGCGGACGGGAGCGGAGCCGCCCCGUGGCGUCCGUGCUGGCGGAGGUUGGGGUGCUUCUCCAGCAGGGCGUCAAGGAGGUCGUUCUCCUGGGUCAGAACGUCAACAGCUACUGUGACACGUCCCAGCCGGCCGCGGGCACCCCCCCGGAGGGUCCUCCCGACGGCGGGCCCUCGGCGCUGAGCCGGGGAUUUGGCUCCGUGUGCCGCCGCCUCCCCCCCGCGCCGGACCGGAGGGAGGUGCGGUUUGCCGAACUUCUGGCCGCGGUCUCGGAGCUGGACCCCGAGAUGAGGGUGCGCUUCACGUCGCCGCACCCCAAGGACUUCCCCGACGAGGUGCUCCAGGUGAUCAGGGAGAGACCAAACAUCUGCAAGCAGAUCCACCUGCCGGCUCAGAGCGGCAGCUCCAGCGUGCUGGCCCGCAUGGGCCGAGGGCACACGCGGGAGGCCUACAUGGAGCUGGUGCAUCACAUCCGAGACAUGAUCCCAGGCGUGAGUCUGAGCAGCGACUUCAUCGCGGGCUUCUGCGGCGAGACGGAGAGCGAACACGAGGACUCGCUGUCGCUUAUCCGCACCGUGGGCUACGACACCGCCUACUUGUUCGCUUACAGCAUGCGCAAGAAGACGCGUGCGUCCCACCGCUUGCAGGACGACGUUCCGCCCUCCGUGAAGCAGCGGCGCCUCUCCGAGCUCAUCGCCGCCUUCCGUGAGUCGGCCUCCGAUCUCAACGCUGCCAGGGUCGGCUCCACCCAGCUUGUGCUCGUUGAGGGGGCGAGCCGGCGUUCCCAGUUCGAGCUGUCCGGGCGGACGGACGGCAACGCUCGCGUGGUGUUCCCCGACGUACUGCUGCCCGACGGCGCCGGUUCCCCGGCUCUUGCAUCCGCGCAGCGCGGAGACUACGUCGCCGUGAAGAUUACAUCGUCGAGCUCGCAGAGCCUCAGGGGCACGGCGCUUCACCGCACCACGCUGCGGGAAUUCCACGCCACGCCGGAUGAUGCCCCCUUCUCUCAUGGCGGCGGCGUCGGCGGCAAGUGACGGUGCGAAAGAAGUUCAACAUUCCUACCGCUGUAAAGCCACAGGCAAGAAGUGCAAGUGCGGGAACGCUCUGCUGCACCACGUGGAGGGGGAGAAAUGGUUCGAGCCGUGACUUGAUGAAACACGACGCCGUGCCGAUCCUGAACUGUACCCACGGACGGUCAGUGGCACAGAAUUUUAAAUUCGCCGCCCUCUUCAAAGUUGGAAGCUGAGGAGCGCAAGGCACGCGGGCGCGACCCGGGGACCUGUUUGUCAGUCUUUGCGAAUAAAUAUUUAUAGUGAGUGGGCGGA